AUGGUCUGAAAAUAAUACCCUGAGAACAAGGCUUGACUUUAAACAGUUGCGCGGACACGUCGCUUUCACAGGAUUUGCGGAGUUCACAUUGAGGGACAAUCUAUACUGAAUAUUGCUACUUGGGAUUCUGGAGCAAAAUGAGACGAAAUCACAAUUACAGCUGUUCGUCUGAUAGCGAACUUGAUGACAAUAUAGAAGUGGAGAAGGACAGUGGUGACGAAAAUGUAAACCUUGACUCUCCGCAUGACUUGAUGUCACCCCCGAAAACCACUCAAACUCAAGCCAGAAAACGACGCAGAGGAAUUAUUGAGAAACGGCGACGUGACCGAAUCAACAACAGCCUGACUGAUCUCAGAAGACUUGUGCCAAGUGCGUUUGAGAAGCAGGGAUCGUCAAAAUUGGAAAAAGCUGAAAUUUUGCAGAUUACUGUGGAUCAUUUGAAGAUGAUACAUGCUGCCAGCGGACAAGGGUAUUUUGAAGCCCACGCCCGGGCCAAGGAUUACCGCAGCCUGGGCUUCAGGGAGUGUCUGUCAGAGACGGCCCGUUACCUAAGCAUCAUGGAGGGCUGGAAUAGUGUCGACCCACUCCGUGUACGCCUGGUCUCCCACCUCAACAACUACGCCUCUCAGAGAGACAUCCACACUGUAUUGACUGGACACCCUGGACAACUAGCCUGGGGCUCCGCUUUGAGGACUCCCUCCGCCCACCUGCAACACCCCCUCCUCUUACCACUCCCUCAGGGACGGACACUAGCCCCCCACAGUACCAGCAGCCCACCCUCCUCCUGCUCCAUCUUCUCCUCCAUGUCAUCCCCCUGUUCUACUGAUACCUCGGUGACCUCCAGACUCAGUGUGACAGCCCCCUCAGAGGCACUCAGGGUGCCCCCCAAUGACAAUCUACCCCUGGGGCUGGCCCUGCCAGUCUCAGCCUCCAAGCUCUCCCAACCACCACCCCUCCUCUCCUCCCUCUCCUCCCUGUCUGCCUUCUCCUUCAGUACUUUUCCCCUAGUGUCCCCGGCAGCCCUCAACUCAGCAGGCUCAUCCACAGCCCUGAGAAAUCAGCCUUACAGGCCCUGGGGGACAGAGAUCGGGGCCUUCUGAACUCUUGUGAUCAGGACGGAAUGCAACAGCUAAAAUCCCCACCUCCCGCUAACCUGCCUCCCGCCAAUCUGCCACCCGCCAAUCUGCCUCCCGCCAACACUCCACAAACCCAGCAGGAGUACCUGGCUGUCUCAUCUGUUUUUCCCCUCUGGCAAUGAGGGGGAUGGGGUGAAGCUAAUGCCACCUCCCUUUGUCAGUACUGCUGUAUAGAGGAACAUAGAUAACAUAGUGUUCUAUCCUAUAUGUUUUUAUCAUGAGUAAUUCAUGUUAAAUGUUGUUGUGAGCCCAGGUAUGGCCUCCAAGGUAGGAAAGGACUGACUAUUGUUUCAUGACCACUAACUGAUUUCAUUUAGUUUAUUAUCAGAGUGGACUAAGAGAAGGAUUUUGGGGUAUUUGUAGGUCAAAUACAAUAUUGUAAAAAAUAUAACUCCUGCAUCUUUGAAAGAGAAUGAAGACAUCUGCAACAUAGCAUAAAUAGAGUUACACAUGAACUGGAUCUGCUAACACUUUAGUUAUGUCUAUAUGGGAUUGUCGAACAAGCUUUAUAUAGAAAGCAACGUUGAAAAAAACUAGUUUUGUAAUAUUUUUGUACCAAUAAACUGAGUUUGUAAGAAGAUACAUGUUUUUUUGAUCAAUGCUCAGGAUUCAUGUGUUUUACCUACAGUAUGAGUUGCUGUGGGGCUUAGAGUAUGUUGUCCACUUCCCACAUCACUUCAAAUAAACUCAAAUCAUUUAUCAGUUUCAA